AUGCAAGCAAUUAAAUGUGUAGUUGUUGGUGAUGGUGCAGUUGGUAAAACAUGUCUUUUAAUUUCAUAUACAACCAAUGCUUUUCCAGGAGAGUAUAUCCCAACAGUUUUUGAUAAUUACAGCGCAAAUGUAAUGGUUGAUGGUAAACCAAUUAAUCUCGGAUUAUGGGAUACAGCAGGUCAAGAAGAUUAUGAUCGUUUACGUCCUUUAUCCUAUCCUCAAACUGAUGUUUUCUUAAUUUGUUUUUCAAUCGUUUCACCAGCAUCUUUUGAGAAUGUAAAUGGUAAAUGGCAUCCAGAAAUAUGUCACCAUGCACCAAAUGUUCCAAUCAUUUUAGUUGGUACUAAAUUAGAUAUGAGAGAAGAUAGAGAUACUCAAGAUAGAUUAAAAGAGAAAAAACUUUAUCCAGUUUCCUAUGAACAAGGUCUUUCAAAAAUGAAAGAAAUUAAUGCUGUCAAAUAUCUUGAAUGUUCAGCUCUCACACAAAAAGGUCUUAAAACUGUUUUUGAUGAAGCAAUUAGAUCUGUAAUUAAUCCAACUCUUAAGAAAAAACCAAAAUCUUCAAAAGGUUGUAUUAUAAUGUAA